GUGGUCCAGAAUGCCGGCUGUUAUGGAAUGUAUCAGUAACCCUUAAUAAUGGCGAAAAACGGAUCUAUAAAUCAUCUUAGAGAUAACCACACCAAAGAGAAGAAAAUAUCUAAAGCGCCGAUUCUAUUUAAACUAGAAUCUUGUCCUUCAUGGCUGCAAUUUAACAAAUAUAUUCGGGGAAGUUAUCGAUGUAACUUAUCAACGCGCCAAUGCGUAGACAGCUUGUUUUACGUCCACAACGAAACGUUCAAUAUUUAUUCGCACGGUAAGUAAGAAAAUAGUUUUAGAUGUUUCUACUGCUUUUUUAUUUAACGCAAACUUCGGGAAUUUUGGAGAGAGAAAUAGGAACUCGUGAAAAGUUACAGACAUCAGCACAUCCGAUUAUUAAUUUAUUAACUUAAAACUCUUUUAAUAUUAACUUGAUGUAAUAUUUUUUUUUCGAUCAGGAAAUCAAACUCAAGUGUAAGUUAACAUGCACACAUUGAAGUUAAACUGAAUUAAGACCUACAUGCUUCUUUCAAUGUUUUUUUUUCAGCUGUACUAGGUUUUGGUUUCACUUCUUUUGAUUGGGUCAGAAUGUUUCAAUAUACUUUCUAAACAUUAAUUUUUAUUAUAACAUGGCUAGUAAAUUUGUGUCAUCAAAUUCAAUUGUGCGAGCGUGCUUCAUAUUCCUAUUGUGUAUGUUCAUGACGUCAGCAAACAAAUUCCUUGAGAAAAAAAAUUCCAUCAGGUUGAAAAUGUUAUAAAACAAUUGGUUCAUGCGUCAGCUGUGGGUUCAUCAGGAUAUGAAGCACUUAGGAAGUUUGGAGAGCACUCAAGAAGCUAGAGUUGUUCUCGGCUACGCCUCAAGCAACUCUUAUGCAUCUUUUGUGCUCUCCAAACUUCCCACAUGCUUCAUAUCUCGAUGAUUGCAUGCUGACGUAUGAACCAAUUGUUAAAUUGAUGGCUUCUCUGUUUGUUAUUAUCCAAAAGUGAGGUCAAGAACAUUAAAUCCUUUAACUCCCAAGAUCUGAUUGUUAAUCAGCUAUAGAUGUUAAACAUUUUCUUGUAAAUUUGUUAGUACAAGAAUUUGGUGUUUGAUCAAGAUAACAACUUCUACCUGAUAAAUUUGAGUUUUCUCAUUACCUAUUCCCUGAAUAAUUUAUGGAAAUUAUAGGUAGAACUUAAAUGUUAAUUACUUUUGGGAUUUAACCCUUUAACUCUCAGAUCAAAUUUGUGAUUUUCUUAUUGUCAACCAUAAAAUUCGUAUAAUGUAAGUUCAGAGAAUUCAGUAUGGGAUCAACUAAUUAUCCCCAAAUACAUUUUUUUUUUUUUUUCAUCACUUAUACAGUUGAUAUUGUAUUGAUCUCGUAAGGAGAAAUUCUGUCUUGUUCACUUAUGGGAGUUAAAGGUUAAAGGAUUUAAUGAAACAAUUUCACCUAUUUAUUUCAGGUAUUCCCUGUGCAUUUUUUGUGGUGCUAAUCCCCAUGACAGCAAGUGCAGCAAGUCUGGCCGACCCACUAUGGUUUUUUCUUCACUAUUUCUCCUGCUUUGCUCCAUUCUUGGCUAGCCCUAUUUAUCAUUUAUUUAUGUGUCAUCAAAAUGGACAGGAUUCAUACAAGCAUCUACUCACUUUGGAUGUCUGUGGUAUCUGGGCAAUCAAUGCCUUUGGUGCUUUGUGUGGUAUCCGUGCAACAUUUUACUGCCUUCCAUUUUGGCAGUUUUUGUCUCUUACAGUUUAUUUGGUGAUUUCCUUGAGGUGUCUAUACUUUAUUGUGAUAGCUGACAAUGCUAAAGAACGGUUCAAACCUUUUGCAGUAUUUGGUGUGAUGAGGUAUUUCUUUGUUGCAGUUCGUCUAUCAUUUUAUUAUUUUAAUGUUACCAAAAGCAGCGUCAGUGCUAUGCUGUAUUAUUUAUCAAUGGAUUUAUUAGCUUUUAUUGGUGGAGCACUCAAUGUUGCCAGAAUACCCGAGAGAUGGUUUCCAGGAAAAUGUGAUAUUAUUGGAAACAGUCAUCAAAUUAUGCAUGUGGUUACGGUACUAAGUGUUAUUUGUUUACACGUUGGAUCAGUAAGAGACUUUCACUGGAUGAGUGAAACUCUUUGCAUGUGAAGCAAGUUCUGGUUUGCGUGAUGUUCUACUGGAACAAGAGUAACUUGAAUGUGAGAGAGCAGAGAGACAACUCCUUCUGUUGCAUGGACUUACUACUUUUGCACAGCAGUCUAAUUUUCUUGCACCUGUCUUGCAGAAAAUUACCUAAAUUAUAUAGUUUUUGGCUUAAAUUCCAGCCAUCUUGAACUACAAAUAUUUUUUUUCUUGUGUAACACACAAAUCUGCUAAUCUAUCGAGUAAAAACUGGUAACAAUUAAUAGCAAUAUUAACAGUGUUGAAAAGAAUUAAAGGAUUUUGUCUGCCUUCAGAUUGAAAAAAAUAACAAUAUUGAAACAUUAAGAUUUUUAAAUUGAGCAAGCAAUUUAACUAUUUUUUAAAUGUGUCAAAAUAUUUUACAAAUAAAUUUAAAAUUUAAUAAUUGUUUAAUUAUAUGUUAUUUUAACUUGAAUUUUUGUAAAUAGAGAAGGUGAAACAUAGUCUAUAACUAGUCCAGACUUUCAAACUGAUUAACCUUUAUCUGUUUUAUCUUUAUUGAGAUCUUUACCCCUACUAAGGAGUUUUGGACAGCUGUUAGAUUUUGAAGAUAAAGGACUUUUACCAAAAGAUGAAACACAUUGCUGCUUGCUAAUAGUAAAGGUCAUUUCAACUUUCAUUCUAUUGGGCUUUUGGGCUUAAUGUGAUUUUCUUAUACAGGGAAAGGAAUGUUGUUUCUUUUUUAAGGAAUUAGAUGACAUGCUAAUGAACAGCUGCAAAUGAGACUGGGUUGCAGAGGGCAGAUUGAAUUUUAAGAAUUUGUAUUAUACUGUUUAGUGUGAGGGAACAAUUUCUGAGCUGGAUAUGGCUAACCAUUUAAUUCUCAGGAUAUGAUAAGUGAUUUUCCUUUGUUGCUGUCAUAAAUUUUCUUAUAAACUAGUGAAAUAAAUUUGUUUUAUCGGGGAGAUGCCUUAAGCUAAUAAGUUCUCACCACGUGCACAUUACUCCAGCAGUGAAUUACCUGUUAAAUGUCAAUCACUUGGGAGUUACAGAGUUGAGACAGAGAGGAAAGGACUUCAAUUAAAACGUAAUCAAUUUUGUGUCACAUUUCUCUCGUCGCUUUGCUGCUUAUUUUGUGGGUUUUGCCUCUCAAAGUCCGAGAGGCUUACGUAUGACUAGUAAUUGGCCACAUUGACCGACUUAAUAAAACCACACUUUUGAUAGCAUUCUACAUUAUAUCAGCUUCAA